AUGAAUAUCCGGAAGUUUUUUGCAUUGAUUCUACUUAUAAUACCAAUAAUAAGAAGUGAUUGUUCUUUUGCUUGUAUUCUAUUUUGUAGAUAUUCCUUAUUUCAGUUGGUUGUAACGGAUAACUUUGGUCGAGGACGUACGGUCAUGUUUGCCUGGACGCUAAAGGAAAUGCGUGCAGAUGUCACCUGGAUUCUAGACAAAUUCAAAGAAAUCAUGGGAACAACAAGACGGACAGAAACAUUUGUUAUGGACUGUACAAGAUCAGAAAGCACGGCUGUCCGUAUCACACACGGGCACGCAAACAUUAUUCUGUGCGCUUUUCACGUAAUCCGCGCUUUCCGCAAAAAGACACGUGACAAAAUUGUGAGAACGUACCUCAGUCGAUUGGUAAACGCUAAAACAGUUGGACGAAUAAUUAACCAAAGGGACAGGCAGCUAGCUCAAUAUCUUCAUCGAUUUUGGAUGUCGCGUAAAAGUAUGUGGGCUCUAGUGUUUUACGGCAAUGUUUUAACAUUGGGCAAUAACACAUAA